GGAGAUGGAGGAGGGAUACGCCCAGUGCUCACAGUUCCUCUACGGUGUUCAGGAGAAGAUGGGCAUCAUGAACAGAGGGGUGGUGUAUGGCCUGUGGGACUAUGAGGUGGAGGCUGAGGACGAGCUGUCCUUCAGGGAGGGGGACUGCAUGACCAUCCUGCGCAGGGAGGACCAGGAGGAGACGCAGUGGUGGUGGGCCCGCUGUGGGGACAAGGAGGGCUACAUCCCCCGAAACCUGCUGGGGCUGUACCUGAGGAUCAAACCCAGACAGCAGACAGAGAAGCCUAGCUUAAGAAUAUUAUGUGGCCUAUCAAACUGA